UUACACGAGAGUUUCUCUCUAGAGCUGCUUUCGUCACUAUAUAAGUUGAUAACCCCACAAAGCCCAUCAUGCUGUCGUCUGUUUUUUUCGUGGCCCUAGCCACCUCCAUUCCUCAGUUAGCAUCCGCCCACGGCUUUGUCAGUGGUGUCAAAGUCAAUGGCGCCUGGACGGCAGGAGCAGACCCGGUCUGGUACUACUAUCCUGCAGGCACAUCUCCUGCUACAGCAGGAUGGAAUUCUCUGAACCAGGAUCUCGGGUUCGUUGAACCAACCAGAUUCGGUACCUCUGAUAUCGCCUGUCACAAAUCGGCCACGGUUGGCCAGAAUUUCAUUAACGCCAAAGCUGGUGAUACCAUCACGUUCUUCUGGAACACGUGGCCGGAUUCCCACAAGGGGCCCAUUAUCAACUAUAUUGCACCGUACGGGACCUCUGCCAACAGCUUGAAGUGGAACAAAAUCAGCCAGUCCAGUAUCGUCAGCGGCACAACCUGGGUGACCGACUCGCUUAUCGCCAACAAUUUCACGUCAUCCACCACCAUUCCUAGGAACUUGAAGGCUGGUGACUACGUAAUUCGCCACGAGAUUAUCGCCCUACAUGGGGCCCAGAAUGUAAAUGGCGCUCAGAACUACCCGCAGUGUCUUAAUCUUAGGGUAUCCGGUAGUGGCACGGUUUCUCCUAGCGGAGGUACUGUCGGUAGUAGUCUAUAUAAGAGCACUGAUGCGGGUAUCAUAUUCAACUUAUAUGCUUCUUACAGCGGCUACACUUACCCUGGACCUGCUCUCUGGACUACUGCGAACUAAUUAUUUCUAGUUACUGCUCUUAAUGACCACCUUGGCAACACCUGUUCUUGUGAUUGAACAAGCCAAAGAGUGUCGGGCGGAAUGUGUCAGAGCCCUGGGACGUGGAGAGUAGCGUGAUAGUUUUCGAUUUGUUCAUAAUCGUCUAAUUUUCUGCGAAAACUCA